AUACACGAAACAAUACAGUUUAUCUAAAAAAUUUAUAUGAUAUACACAUCAGAGUAAAAGAGAGAAUCUGGGCUCGUACAAUAAUAGAUUACAAGAGUCAAGAUCUGAGUUAAAAUUCUAGAGACAGCACUUAACGACACAGGCUACUAAUAUUUUUAUUAUAAUAGAAUCUAUAACUAAAACAACCUAGGUCUACAAAUUUAAACUCUAGAUCUUUUCAUUUUUAUGCAGAGAUUACAAGAGUCAAGAUUUUACUGAGUUAAAAUUCUAGAGACAACACUUCACUACACAGACUACUAAUAUGUUUAUUAUAAUAGAAUCUAUAACUAGGACAACCUAGGUCUACAAAUUUAAACUCUAGAUAUAUAUCAUUUUUAUGUAGGUGCUAGUAAAUCUAUCCCUGUAUUCAAGACAUCGGGAAGUGAAGUGUUUAUGUGUAGGAUCCUAAGGAUGUAGUAAUCUUUUUCAAAGGAGCAACUGUAAUUUAUAAGACCCAACUGCAGCAUAGUCUACCACUUGUUAUGGUACACUGUAAAUUAGUGAACUACAGUAAAGAAUUAAUUUGAAAAUGAGUUAUCAGAAUGCUGUAACAAUCGCUGGGGCGCAGGCAACUGCAUUUGAGAUGCUUAUGGAUGCUGUGGGAAGAAACCAGAGUCCAGUCAUUCAACAGCUCCUCAGCAGUGAUCCACAUCUUGUACAUCUUAAAGGUUGGCAUGGUAUCACUGCUUUACAUAAAGCCUGUCUUAUUGGAGACUACAACAGUGUGUUGAUGCUGAUCCAAGCCAACUCUGACGUAAAUGCUGCCACUGAUCAUCUUGAGACACCACUGCAUUACGCUUGCAAGCGAGGGACUCCCAGUAUUGUUCACUUAUUAGUCCAGUGUGGUGCACGGCUGGACCUCAAAGAUAAACUUGGCAGAAGUGCCCUGCAUCAUGCUGCUGAAGCAGGAUCAGUUCAAGUUGUCAAAUAUUUAGAAGAAGUCUGUGAAGUCAACACUGGAGAACAGGAUUUGAAGCUACAGUCACCUCUACAUAUUGCAUGUACAUAUGGACAUUACGAUCUUUUCCAUUUUCUUCUUAAAAAUAGGCGGUGUGAACUUCUUCAAGAAGACAUUGAAGGCAACCUGCCCAUUCAUCUGGCAUGUAAACAUGGAUUUGGUCACAUGACUUGGACUCUGCUUUGUUUAUCGGGAGUCUCAGUUCUGAGUCGGGUAAACAAGGGAGGCUACACACCAGUUGAUUUGGUUCUCCAGGGAGACAGCUAUGGACACAAAGAACUGGCGGGCAUAUUGACUGGCUACAGAGAACAUCCUAACAAGCCAGUGUCUGGUCCUGUUCUGUUGUGGUACGGAUGGCUGAUGUUUCCUUUUACCUUGUACUCUGUCACCACAAUCCUCUGCCAGCAGAUGGAGUCGUACCAGUUUCUCAUCUACUUAGCAGCAUUCCUUAUAGCUGGCAUCGCUAUGAACGGCAUGACACACCGUAUCAAACAUAUAUGCAGAUGGCCAAAUCCAUUUUAUGCUGGUGUGUUUGCAGCAGGGAUAACUCAUACAACCUUUUGUUAUUUUUGGAUUAUCUUUCCUUAUAUUUACACAACAUGGUGGGUAACUCUCUUCUCUUUUAUCAUUUGUCCACUUCUGCAUUUACUUUUCUGGACUCUUUUAGUGAAAGAUCCAGGAAGUGUGACCGUGUCAACUCAUGACAUCUCCACUGGUAAAACUUUGACUUUACUAGAUUUGUGUAUGAUAAGGAAUCCACCAUAUAAUUAUUGUCCAAGUUGCGAUCUGGUCACCAAUGAGGUCACUAAACAUUGCAAGCUGUGCGACAAAUGUUUCCUUCACCUUGACCACCACUGCCUGUUCCUACUUAAGUGUGUGGCCAUCAGAAAUCACGUCCACUUUGUGUGGCUGCUGAUCCUCUCUGUCCUCAACAUGCUGGCCUACCUGCUAGGCUUCUUUCUCUAUUCACACACACGGUUUGACCGGCAGUCGUGGUCAGACAUUGCCUCACAAACAUUGCACCAGCAGGCUUGGCCCUUGUCUCUGGUUCUUCUCAAUUCGUGGUCAGCCAUCUGGUGCUCGUUCCUUCUGCACACCCAGUACACUCAAGUGACCAAGGGAUGCACCACGUACUUCAUGCACAGCGUCACCCAGCCUCUGUCGCUAACACGUCUCCAAGCACUGACUAACUUUGUUCACUUCCUGUUCAAUUCUCCGCUGCCUUAUAAAAACCCGCACUCGAAAUUGUACAGUUCACAUUCAACAGAAGUGACUAUAUAACCAUCAAUUUUUUAGCCAUUUAAUGACAAUAUAUUAUAUUAAUAUAAGUAGACUAAGGUGUAUAUAUAUAUAUCCUAAUGUAUCUAAAAGUUUUAAUUUAUUACCAGAACAUUGUUUUAUACAAAAAAAAAUAUUAAAUGCUUUAUCCCUUGAAAAAUGUUAUUUCUUCCUAAAUUAGGAAAGCUGGGUGCUACAAACUUUUUGUAUAGAGACAUAAUCAAAUACUCACAGGCAUUGUAGGACAUUCUUGUUCUUGGAUCUAAACUUGUCCUAGACCACCUGUAUUGACUUAUGUCCUUGUCCUAGACCACCUGUAUUAACUUAUGUCCUUGACCUAGACCACCUGUAUAUAGACAUACUUGUUUUUUUUUUAAUAGUUUUUUUUUUUUAGCUUUGUUUUGAAUCCUAUCCUUACAUAUCUAGCUUUCCAUUAUUGACUUAAACUCUUGGAUCAUUAGACUUCUUGUGCAAUCUUUUACAAAUUAUUUUAGUUUUGUAUUUGAAAAAAUGUGAUACGCAAAAGAUUUUAUCAAAUAAAAUGUUGCUAAUUUUAAAACCGCUCAGAAUUCUUGAAACAUUUUUUUUUGUCUAAUGAAAUGUCUCUCUCUUGAAUUUGAGACCGAUUUCAUAAAGGCUCAAACUGUUUGAAAAUGUGUUUCUGGGUUGUUUUUUUAAGCUUAAACACAAAUAACUUGUAUGAAAAGAAAGUUGAAACUAAAAUAAUUCAUUCAGAAACCUGAGUAUACCCCAUAAAAUGUUUUAUUUAAAGACUAAACAAUUCCUAGAAAGUUAUCAUUUACUAUGAGGUUCAUUUAUAAUAUAUUUUAAACUAAGUUUUCACUCUUUGUAUUUGUAUUUCUAAAUAUGUAUCAUUUUUUGGUCGUCUGGUGCUUGACUUUUUUUGACUUAUGUUUGUGCCAUGAAAACCUGUCCCACCUGUCUUCUACUAGUCAAAAUAUACCAUUACAACCUACUAUUCUUUUACUAGUAUACUUAAAUCUUUACACCCUACUUUUUUUUUUAUUUUACUAAGUACAAUAAGUAAAGUUCCACUUUCAUAUCUUACGAUCUCUAGGGCAGAUGAUGUAAAGGUUACAUCUUACCAUUCUUUUGUUAGAAUACUUAAAUUGUUACAUCCUAGUAUUGUACUCUACAGAGAUCAUUUUAUCCUGUGCUCACAUUUGUUUUAUAACUUGUAUGUCAAAUGAGAUUGAACCUAAAACCUGUGUGAUUGUUGUGGGUCUCAAUUCUUAGGGUUAGGCUAUUCAUGUAAUGGUAUUCCAAUGAUGGUAUUUAUAUGGUGUUUGACAAAAAUGCUAGUGUGAAUGUGAUAUUAUUCAAAUGAUGGUGUGAAUUUAAUGUUAUUCAAAUGAUGGUGUGAAUUUAAUAUUAUUCAAAUGAUGGUAUGAAUGUGAUGUUAUUCAAAUGAUGGUAAUGUUAUUCAAAUGAUGGUAUGGAUGUGAUGGUAUGAAUGUGAUGUUAUUCAAAUGAUGGCAUACACCCAAUGGAAUGAAGUGAAGUAGAGUAAAAUUCUCUAGUAAUGAAAUGAGAGUUUCUAUUGAUAGAAUCUAAUUUUCGUUGAUCCAAACAAUAUAGCAUGGGUUUUUGUUAACAGAAUCUAAUUUUUGUUAUUCUAAAUGACUUAGCAUGUUCUGUUUGUACAGAUAGCCACACUAAAUGAAUAAAACAAAAACAUUCAUAAAGAUUGUUUUUUUUUUCUGAUAUCUGAUUCUUCUUUAAAUUAGGUUUUUAUUGAAAGUCUGCUACAAUGCUGGAGCUGCACAACUGCUGGCUGUAGCUGUUUCAUCAAUGUGUAUUAUUAUUAUUAUAGCUUUUAUAUAGCGCUACUUUCAUGUUUAUAGCAUGCUCAGAGCGCUUUGGUCCAAUCUCAUUUGGGGGGGGGGGGGGGGUAUCUAGGAGUUGGUUUUCCGUGCUGCCUUUAGGCGCUCAGUAAACACAACUCUGCCCGAGUCGGGUGUCGAACCUCGAGCCCCCUUCUAGGUAGCCAAGUGCAAGCGCACUUAGCCUCUCGACCACGAUAGUUGCAGGGAAGACAUCUAUACCUUCAAAUAUAUCACAGCAAUUUUAUAGUAAUGGCUCAUUCUUUAGGUCAUUGACCCUCAUUGUUUUUAUCUCAAUGAAUCCAAGUCUUUUACAGUCUGUUAUACCUAUUACUGGCUGUACAUCAUUUAUAUAGCUCCUCCUUCGUGGUCGAAGAUGAGCACAUUUCUCAUUUCAGACAGGCCUGCUUCUUCUCUCAACUUUUUGUUGGUUCAGCGCUCUUUCACCCUGGCCACUCUUCUUGCUUCAAAUCUUGAGACUCCGAGACUCACAGCUUCACGCCAUGAGGGGCGAUCGAGAGCUAGUGCUUCCCAGAUGUGAAUGUCGAUAUCGCAUUCCUUGAAGGAUCUUAUGAGAGUGUCUUUGUAGCAUUUGUAAUGGCCUCCCUGGGAGCGCUUUCCUGCACACAACUCCUCGUACAGAAGUCGCUUGGGAAGGCAAUUGUCUGGCAUGUGGGCUACAUGUCCCGCCCAUCAAAGUUGGGACCUUUUUACUUACUGUCACAUUGAUACUGUGCAUGUUGGACUGCUUUAAGAUUUCUGUGUCUGGUAUAUGGUGUGUACAUCAUUUAUAGUAACAAUAAAUCUACACAACAUUGUCCUAGUGUUCACUGAUACAGGUACUUUACUCUUACCAACUUCUGGGAGUACUGUGAGUGUAAAGUUAAUCUCACCUUUUGUUGGCACUCUAUUUUGUUUCUCUCCUGGACAUAUCUUUUACUUACUUGAUUCGCCCCACUACCUACAUGUAGCUUUACUGGUAAAAUAAACAAAAUAAAACAACAGAAAAAAUCAUCCCUUAUCAGUAAAUCUUUGACAUCUCUAAUGCACAGCACACAAGAUCUACUUUGGUUGGAAUGCAAGGCCUCUGAUUGCUGUGCACAGUGAAAGGAUUUCUAUUAGCACAAAAGUUACAACUUUUACCAUGACAGCACAUCUAUUGAUUUUGUGCCUGCUGUUGCAAUUAUUACAAUCAUGUAUUUGUUUGAAAUUACACCCCAUCGCCUCUUUACUUUGAAGGCCAUGCACAACAUCAGAUUUAAAUGAUGAAGCAUGUUCAUGCCCAUCUCAACACAACCUUAACAUUUGCAUUACCUUUGGCCAAAAUGCUUUCUCUCUAGAACCUUCUCAGCACAUUGUCUCUAGUAACACUGUCCUUUAGAUGGUAAUCUCAUCUGCUCCUGUUACCAUCAUAAACAAAGUCAAUUUAGGCUCUGCUAUCUAGAAGCAUGGCACGACAUGGCCUAAAUUGUGCCGAUGUGCCUCAAAUCAAACAAUCAAUCUAGAAGCAUUCAGUGGAGAUAUUCUUUCGCUAUGCAAUUAAGUUCAUGCAGAUAAUUUUUAAAAAAGACAAAUGUAACAAUUCUCUUGGGAGCAUACAUUUUUCUAUGCUUCCUUGUCAGGUCUACUCAUAAAUGAUUGAGUGAGUUGAAUAAGUAAAACUUUGUUGAAUCAGCUCGUCUAUUCUUAUAUACAAUGAUCAUUUUCUUUCCUGCUGGUUAUGAGCUCCACAGAGUGUUCCAAAUAAUCUCUUUGGAAUGGGUUGUUUGAGCCAGCCAGGGAAACCAAUGACUUGGCAGAAUUUAAGUCAUUGUUAACAUGCAUGACUAAAAUGACCUAAAAUUCUGUUCUCAGUGUAAAUUUGAUCUAGUAGUUUGUUUCCAUUUUAACAAUUAUGAUGGGGAA